GCAGCCGGGUCCAUGCCCGCUGGAGCCCCCGCCUGCCGCCGCCCGCAGCCCCGGCAUGGACGUUCGGUUCUACCCCUCCGCCCCCCCCGCCGUGGGCUCGCUGCCCGGCGCGGACCCCACUUGCCUCGGCCCGCUGGAUUAUUAUCACUGCAACAAGUUUGAUGGGGAGAACAUGUACAUGGGGAUGAACGACAACGCCCAGGAGUUUCUAUCGGCCAAUCAGACAUACAACGGUCAGAAUGAGAACAACGAGGACUACGAGAUCCCUCCCAUAACGCCUCCCAACCUCCCCGACCCGUCCCUCCUGCACUUGGUGGACCAUGAAACUGGAUACCACUCGCUGUGCCACAGCCUCCCUCCCAACAGCCUGAUCCCAGCCUAUCCCUACCAGAACAUGGACCUGCCAGCCAUCAUGGUGUCCAACAUGUUGAGCCAGGAUGGGCACCUCCUCUCCAGCCAGCUGCCCACGAUCCAGGAGAUGGUGCACUCGGACGCCGCAUCCUACGAGUCCAACCGCCAAGUGCCGCUGCUCAACCGGCCCGGCAUGCUGGGCGGCCCCAUGGGUGCCCUCAGCCAGUCCCAGCUCAUCUCCCAGAUGGGCAUCCGGAGCGGGGUCACCCACGGCUCCCCCUCGCCCCCGGGAAGCAAGUCUGCCACCCCAUCUCCCUCCAGCUCCACGCAGGAAGAGGAGACCGAGUCGCAUUACAAGGCUACUGGAGAGAAAAGACCCUCAACAGACCUGGGUAAAAAGCCCAAAAGCCAAAAGAAGAAGAAGAAGAAGGACCCCAAUGAGCCCCAGAAGCCCGUGUCAGCCUAUGCCCUGUUUUUCAGGGACACACAAGCAGCCAUCAAAGGGCAAAACCCCAAUGCCACCUUUGGGGACGUGUCGAAAAUCGUGGCAUCGAUGUGGGACAGCCUGGGAGAAGAACAAAAGCAAGCAUACAAGAGGAAAACAGAAGCUGCCAAGAAGGAGUACCUGAAAGCCCUGGCUGCGUACCGGGCCAGCCUCGUCUCCAAGAGCUCUGCCGACCAGGGGGAGACGAAAAGCACCCAGAGCAACCCUCCCUCCAAGAUGAUCCCCCCCAAGCAGCCCAUGUACCCCAUGCCUCCGCAGGCAUCCUCUCCCUACCCCGGCCUGGGCUCCUUCCUGUCCCCGUCGGAGCUGCAGAGCUACCGUGGCCACCCCCACGCGGGGCUGUCCCGGACCCUGCCCUCCAAGCCCCUGCUGCCCAGCAUCAGUGCCUCCCCCCCGCCCUCCUUCCAGAUCAGCCCCCCGCUCCACCAGCAGCUGUCCUUGCACCACCCGCAGAGCUCGCUGCUGCCCCAGCCCCUCAGCAUGCAGCAGGUCCCCCAGCAGCCCCUCCUGUCCCCCCCCAUGGCACUACAGGUACAGCCCCCCAUGAACGCCUCGCCUCCCGGCCAGCAGGACUUCUCCCAUAUUUCGUCUGAGUUUCAGAACAGUGUUGGACCCCGUUCUCCUGGUGCAUCAAACCCCCCAGGAAGCACUGAGUGGGACAACGACUACCCCAGCAGGGAGUGUGGGGUCAACCACUGCAGGCCAGUAGACAAAGCAGCUCAUUGCUAG